AUGGCUGACCCCACCAUACCGGACCAUGCCAUUCAACCAGCAGAGUUCUUCACAGUUCAUCAUAUGGACAGAGUGGCUGAGUCGGGGAAGACUAGAGGCGGGGGCAUCUGUCUCAUGACCAACAACAACUGGUGCAGAGAUGUUGUGUGUCUCUCUAAGUCCUGCUCACCCAACCUGGAACUUUUCACCAUCUACCUGCCCCGGCAAUUCACCUCUGUUAUUUUCAGCGCCCUCUACAUUUACCUGCAGCAAAGACUCAACCACCAUUCGGCAGGUCAGACCACGCCUUCAUUCUCUGUCUGCCCAGAGGAGUGGUUACUGGUGCAAGGGGAGGAAGUCCAGCAGGGUAGAUGGCGACGCGCCCCUCGUGACCCAAGCUUACCCAGAAUUUCAUGGAGGCAUCACAGGAAGGCCAAGAGCAGCCGGGACUGUCACCUGGAGAAGAAGGAGAUGCGGGUGCGGGAUCUUGGCCUCGGCUAUGACUCAGACGAGAUAGUCCUCUUUAGGUACUGUGUUGGUACAUGUUAUAGGUCUCGGAAGAACUAUGAUCUGGCCCUCAAGGCUCUGAUGAACAACGGGAGAAUCUCCGGCAAGAAAGUCAGCAGUCAGCCCUGUUGUCGGCCCACCCGCUAUGAAACUGUGUCCUUUAUGGACGCUCAGACUACCUGGCAGACAAUUAAGUGGCUCUCAGCAGCCAACUGCAGCUGUGUGGGUUGA